AUCGAUCUCACAACGCCGGUUGACGUCCAUUGCCACAUAUCCAGCGACGGUGGCCGUGGUCUAUCCCUCGAUAUUGCAACGUCACCCAUCCCCAUCGGCCAUCGAUCUAGCAAAUAACAAAGUGCAAAAUGACCAUUUUGAGGAGUUUUUUGCCCCUGAGCUGGACAAACAUGGAUAUCAAGCUUUAUGUAAAAGGAAAACAAACGAGGUUUAUAGUGGAAAUCCCCUUACAAUUGACGGCUGUGCAACAUUUUUCCGUAGAGAUGGAUUUUCACAUGUCAAAAAAUAUGAGGUUGAAUUUAAUAAGGCUGCUCAAUCCUUGACUGAUUUUGCAAUUCCAAGUACCCAGAAGAAAGCUGCUUUAUUUUUUUCUUGUCUAUAUGCAAUCUGUUGCGCUUUUUAUGCUUUCUUAAUUAUGACGGAAAUGGAAUGGACUAUCUUCUUAGCAGGAUAAUGUUGCACUGAUUGUGGUUCUUGAAGCAAAAUUUACUAACCAGGGAGUUGAUAAUCCUGGCAAAAGGCAGCUUCUUUGUGUGGCAUUGGUUUCUAGUGCUUUUAUCAUUUGCCAGUGUAUGACCGGAUGUACCAUAGGUGAUUUCAGUAUCAUGUGAUUGAGUAGAUGUAACAGGAGGUUAGACUGUUCAUGGGCUAAUUAUAGAUCAGGCUUGUACCCUAAACAUCGCCUCAAUUGUGCUGGUCCUGCAAACUGAAAACUUCGUGAUAUUCAAGAGGGUGUUGGAUAUAUCUGUAAAUUCAUAAAGAUUGCAGUUUUAUGUGACUGGAUAGAUGUAAUAGGGGGUUAGAGUGGCCAUAGGUUAAUUAUAGAUCAGGCUUUCUCCCUAAACAUUGCAUCAAUUGUGCUGGGUGGGCCUGUACCAGAUUUAACUGAAAACUUUAUGAUAUUCCCAGAGGGUUGGACAUAUCUGUAAAUUCAUAAAUAUUGACUAAUUUACUCAGUCGAUAUUACAUUUUUUCUUUUUCUAAUUUGUUGCUCUUCCACAGUUGCUCCCUUUCCAUCUUUGGACUCUUUUACUUGUGUGUGGUUUUGGAAUACAGGCAAAUACACAUGUCAAUGAUCAACAAGAUCUAAAAGAUGUCAAGAUCUGGCAGGUGCAUACUCUUGAAAGGAUUGGAAAAAAUAGUUGCUAGUGAAGAAAUUCCAAUGUUGUGCUCUGCAUGCACUUUUUGCCAUGGGAAAGAUAGACCCAAUGCACUAGAUUUAGUGGUAGAUCCUCUUGGGAUUUUAUGUCCUCAUGGCAAGUUGGCACAUCAGCUGCCACUGGUUAGUGCCUACUCAUCCCUUGCACGGGUGGGCGUAGGUCUCGAAUUGGAACAGCAAAGGAGGAGAACGGAUCCCUCAACAAAUGAACCCUUCUUCACAAGUUGCACUAGAGAUUUUAUUGGAACUCUAGAUUACAUAUUUUACACAAGUGAAUUUCUUUGCAUUUGAGUCUUAACAAACAACGUGCAUCCAGCCUUUUGUGGUUGUUGUUCCCUUUUUGUUAUUCAUACUCAUAUAGAGAAUUGUCUUUGCUUUCAGCUGACUUUUUGGCGGUGGAGUCCUUAUUGGAACUCUUGGCUGAGGAUAGCUUGAUUAAAGACACAGCUCUUCCUUCUCCAGAGUGGUCCUCAAAUCAUAUAGCUCUUUUAGCCGAAUUUUGUUGCAUGCCUAAGCUUAGACACUGACACUCCAGGUUUAGAGGUGCCCUAGAAAUGGGGAAGGAGAAGCUGAUGAUAUAGAUACAUUGUUGCAAAAAGGGUAGAUGAUCCACCCUGUGUUCUCACUCAAAGGAUUGAUGAUAGGAUGCUUGCAAUGAUCUGCUUUGUACAAUGACGCCUUUGUUUCAUAAGAAAAUCAUGGUCGUGCCAUUUUUCAAAUCCUUUUUCCCUUGCCGAUAGAAAUGUCCAAUCGGUCAAUAUAAUUAGUUAUUGUCUUGUACUUUAGUUCUCUUUGCAAAGUAUAUGGUUAGUGGCAUUGCAAUUGAUCGCAUUCCCCUUUGUUCCAUCUUUGGUCCUAUGUUUCCUCCCUUUUUUCUUGGUUGAUGAAUAAAAAUCAAGUUCUUAU